CGCUUCGACUUUGUAACGUGAUCUACAAUGGCGAAUCAAAUGUCCUCAGUAAGUGAACAUUCAAGACGGCGUUUAGCUGUGUCGUGGCACCUAUCGAGUAAAAUGUAUCGCAAAUUCGUGAUUUGAAAAGUAAAAUGCCGAACAAAAAUUCACAAGGCGAUACAAAGUUUCGGGAGGACGCCGAGCGUACAAGGUUCCCUGCUUUGAUUAGGCCCACUUUAGGUGAGGGGAAUCAAAGUGCUCGAGAGCGGUACGAUGUGGUGGCUGCGAACAUAUUCGGGAACGUGCCAGAAAUUAGAGAUUUGGAAAUUUUCAAGACACAAUGUUUGAGAUACAUCAAGGCAGAGAAAGUAGACGAGCUCAGGGGCCUUAUCUCAAAAUGGAAAACAAAAGUAAAGGAUAUUUCAAUGGAUUUCAAAGAUGCUGGGACAGGCAACACACCGGCGAUGAUUGCAGCAAUACGAAAUAACAAAGAGAUUUUGAAGCUUCUUUUGGAGCAUAGUCCUGACUUGACUCUGCAAAAUGUAGACGAGAAAACAGCUGUCCACCUUGCGAACCAGGACUUGCAGUCUUUCAUGAUGUCAGAAAAAUUGAAGUCAGAUUUGAUUCAUGCAGCCUGGCUUGGGAAUGUUAAGGCUGUUAGAAAUAUGCUGAGAAAAGAUUUUGAUGUGAAUAACACAAACAAAGAUGGAUCCACGCCGCUGCAGUUAGCAACAAGAGACAUCAAUUUCUUCGAGAAAUUGCCUGCCAUGAAAGAAUAUGAGCCUUGGAAAGUUGUGAAGACUUUACUGGAGCAUAAUGUUGACGUGAACUACAUAGACUUUGAUGGCAGAUCAGUAAUGCACUACCUUGUACAGAACACUGGAUUUGCAGCAAGAGGCAUCGCUAACGACCUGGUUACCAAAAUCAAAAGAGUUGACCAGAAAGACAGCAAAGAACUUUCCCCGCUGCACAUGGCCAGCAAACUUGGGGACGUGAAAAUUGUGGAGGCCUUACUUAAUCGUGGUGCUUCUGUUUCUUGCAAGUCAGUUGAUGGGAAAACGCCGUUACACUAUGCGGUAUUGAAUUCUAAAAUGGAGGUCGUUGAAUUGCUCAUUUCAAGGAAUGCAGACCCUGAGGAAUGCGAUUUCGAAGGUCGGUCUCCAUUGGACAUAGCCAAAGAAAAGAACAAUGCCAAGCUUAUAGAAGUGCUGCAAAAAACAAGAGAUAAGAAUGUCAAUCUGACAAGACCAGUGAAAGCUCCAUUAAGAUGCAUGAGUUUGGCGAAUAUGAAGAAAUCAAACGAUGAUUUUACUAAUCUUUAUGCCGAAGAAAAAGAUGGAGAAGAAUCAUCAAGCCAAUUAACAUCCUCCAAGAAGAUUCCUCUAGACGAAAUCAAAAAUUCAAAGACAAUCGAAGAAAGGUCGCCACUUUCUUCAAAAUAUCCAAUCAAAAUUCUGCCGGUUGAGUUUCACGCGACUCCAUCCAACUCUUCACCUCGGAUGUCGAUAAGAUCUGCAAGUGCAAAGAAGGCACGUUCGUUACCAGACUCUUUCAAAUUAGUGGACACCACGGAAUACACCAGACAGUUGACCGAUGAAAGCGAAGUUAGCUCAAAAUCCGGAACUUUGUCAUCGGAAUCAACCAACGCCAUCCGUUCAAAUAUACAGCUACCAAAUCUUCCACUUUCCAAGCAUGUCAUAAAUAAUGACUUGAAUCCACGGAAAGACGCCAAAACCCCUGAAAAUGCACCUCCAUAUAAAAAGUCAAAGAAUAAAUCAAAGUUUUCCACAGAUCCCAUUUCUACAGCAAACAAUACAUCAUCGAGAAGUCUGAUUAUAGCAGAGAGAAAGAAUUCUGUUCGAAACCAUUCAGCAGCCAGUAGCACAAGGGCGUUUUCCCCUACACGUGCGUCAUUAAGAAGUCGCAAACCAUCAACAGCAUCCACAAGAAAGUCCCUGGAUCUAGGAAACUGCUUCGGAGACUUUGAGAAGGCCUCAGAAAAAAUUACAGGGGUGCCGACUGUUCUCAUAGAGUUAGGGAGUCCAACUGCGCCUAACCCAGAAGAGACCAGACAAGGGAAGAAAGCUUUAACCAUUGGAUCAGCAGCCUCAGAUCGAGGAAGAGGCUUACAAAACGGAUAUCUUGAUCGAACUGUAUUGCAGGGAUCAGCUAAUUCCUCAAAAAGAGGCAGCGAUGAAAACGCUACAUCAUUAGUGUUAGAAGACAAAUCUGGACAGAAACUUGCAAAUGAUUUGACCAGCCCUCAGAGAAGUGGUAUUAAGGAGAAUGCCGAUAGGGGGGAAAUUUCGGGUCGGCCAAUUGUCAAGAAUAAUGUAGUGCCUGAGGUUCCAUCACAUUUGCUGCCUAGAAGCAUCUCUAAGGAAAACAAGCCUGGCAAUACUUGUCUUCCAAAGGUUGCAGAUUCAAAAAGCGUUGCUGAUGUGCAGAACCUUGACUUUGUAACGAAUGCCAAUGAAAAUACUCCAAUCAAUGGUGUAAAGCCACAAAUGAAAAUGAAUGAAGAAAACAAUGUUAAAAAGCAGGUGCUCCAUAAAGAAAACUCCAGGUUCAUUGAUGCUGUUGCAAGUGGCAGGAAAAGAAAACCAAUUGUUUUGAGCUUGUUUGAGACAAACCGGAUGGGCGGAGAGAUUGGUAAUGGGUAUCAACUAAAAGUUCCUGAAAUUGGUCUGAAGGUCCAGACUAACAAGGGUAUUUAUCAGCUGACAAAAAGGAAGGAGAACGGAGCAAAUGUACAGCGCGUGAAAUAUCGUGUCCCAAAACAAGAAACUCAGAAGGGCGAUGCGAAAAAGAACAAGAAAAGGUCACAGGGAUCCAAGAGCAGAAAAAAGGUGAUUGGACCUAAAAAUAGAGAAGUUAAAAUUGAGGAAACGAAUACCAAUAAAAUUAUUGAAAACAAAAACAUUAUGCAAUCCGGUACAGUUCUUUUAACGCCUAAACAAUCUAUUGACUUAAAUAAUAACGAGACUUCUUGUAAUGAUCUGGAAGCCCUAAGUGAAGCUUGUAUUGCUACAGAAUCUAUUUUGGAAAAGGCUUCAAGCGAUUUAGAUCGAAUGAGUAUAUCACCAGACAGCGCAGAAAACCACUAUUUCUCUGAUAUAUUAGAGACUUUAGCAGAGGAAGGGCCUAAUUCACAUGCUGAAAAUUCAGUGGAUGACAUUGAAGAGAUCCUACCGACUGAUAGAAUAUUGGUUGAAGCAGGGCCAACCAGAGAACGUACUAACUCGUAUGACUUUUACAAGGAAAUAACAGGAAUAGCUUUUGCUUCGGGAGUAAACACUGUAGUAAGCAGUGGCCCAAGCAGGCGUGUAUCGAAAGACGAGUCAUUGACACGAAGUAGUAGCAUCUCUACCCAAGGUUCGUCCGAAGGAUCGGAGUGUGACCAAGAAGAGCUUCAAGGCUGGACCAGAGGGGAUGUAAUUGCCAAUAACCAUAAAUGUAUUGUCUACCGUGGCUUGUCAAACAGAGGGAAGAUCAUAGCUGUAAAGCAGGUUGAGUUGGAUCGCACGCAAGGCACCAGGGAUGCUGAAAAGCAAUACCGGCAAUUGCAAGAUGAAAUUGGGAUGCUAAGGUCUCUGACCCAUCGAUACAUUGUAAAAUUCAUAGGAACAACAUUGGAAGAAAACCUAUUCAAUAUUUUCAUGGAGUUCAUUCCGGGAGGCUCUUUAGACGUAGUGCUGAGACAGUUUGGUCCUCUGCCCGAGAAGGUGUUUCAACGCUAUACCCGCCAAAUCAUCAGUGCGUUGGCCUACCUCCACAGUCGUGACAUCGUGCACAGGGAUAUCAAGGGAGCAAAUAUCAUGUUAACCUCGGGUGGUGUUGUCAAACUGAUCGAUUUUGGUUGUGCCAAACACUUGAAUGUGGACCUGACAGACCCAUCACAGAGUGCAAAUUCAUUGAUUGGCACGCCAUAUUGGAUGGCGCCCGAAGUUAUUCGAGGGAAUGGACAAAAUCUUAAAUCAGAUAUUUGGAGUCUUGGCUGUACCGUGUAUGAGCUGGCCACUGGUAGACCGCCUUGGACUGGAUGUCGCUUUGCUGCAAUGUAUGCCAUUGCGUCUUAUGAUACAGAAAUUCCAACACUUCCAGACAGUUUUUCAGAGGCAGCAAGAGACUUUGUGGCUCGUUGCCUGAUAAGGAAUCUAGACGAUAGACCUUCAGCUGAAGAGUUGAGACACCAUGCCUUCAUUCGAUUUCCGGGGGGUUACAGAAUGCAUCCAUGAAUGAUUUGGCGUUAAACGUCGGCAUCGAUUUUUUUGGUUAAGCUUAUAUUUUCUUUUUAAAUAUAAUUUUUUAGUGUUUGGAAUAAUAUCACAGUACAACGGGGAAAUAAUUGCUAAUAUAUAGAAUAAGAUGAAAUUUUAGAUAAAUAAUUUUUGAUUUAGAAAGCUACAGUCAGUAUAUUCCUCAUUCGAAAACUUUUCCCAGAUAUUUUCAUACUUGUUUUCACAUUUAAAAAUAUUGUCUUCUCCAUUCUGUUUUUCUAAUACGUUUUCCUUAACAUUUUGCCUAAAUUUCUUUUAAAACAACGCACACCGCAAACUCGCCCCAUGCAGUUUGAAGUGUUUAUGAAUUGAGUUGAAUUAGAGCCAUUUUUCACUCAGGUCUUGGCCUGAAAAUUUUUUUAAUGUGUCAUUCAGAACUGAGAAUUUUAAAGAGAAUGUAUAAAAAUCAAGCAAGAAGAAUAUACCGAUCUGUAGAACAGGCAACUGUAAAGCUAGAAUCCAUGAAAGAACUUUGAAUAUUUGGUAUCAGGGUAGUGGGAAGAAGAGGGGGCGGGGCAUGGGGGGGAGGGGGGGUUGAUGGCAGAUGAAUUUGCCAGACUAGUGUGUAUUUUACAGAUUUCUCUAAUAUGUAAUAUUCUGAAUUUGAAAAUUCAGCUUGCUUUAGAAAAGUUGGACAGCACUUUUUUAACUGAAGAGUUUUUAACGAGAACAGAAGAUGUAAUAUUUCUUUAGCAGAUAUCGUGUUUAUAUUCAUUAAGCAUUAAAGAUUUCAAGUUUUGCUUGAUUCCCAUACUUGGGAGCUGCUACCGCUCUUUUAAAUUUCGUGUGAAUUCGCUUUUAACACUUUUGUAGCGUGAAUUUGCCUUUUUAAAUCAUAGAGAUUUUCCCCUGCUGGGCAGGUUAAAUGUAUUUUAUGUAGAUUUUCUAUGGUAACUUUUAUGUAAUAAAUAAGGACUGCGUAAGGUAUUGUAAAUACUUCUUUUUAGAAUCGCAGCUUAACAGAGGGGAUUCAUACCUGCAUAUGAGUCAGGUCAAACUUUUUUAAUUGUUCCUAUUUCAUUUUGACGUUUCAUAAAAAAUGAAAAUAAAACUUUUUUGUUUUAUAUUGGCCCAAAUUUGGGUAACCAAGCAGUCAAACAUUGGUCCUUGAAUGUUUUACUAGGGCUCGAUUUUAUCUUUUACUUAAAGCUGUAUUUUGAUAAAAUACUUUGCAGUGUCUUUUUGAGAGCGUGUACAUAGUUGAAGACUGGGCAAUGAUGUCGUAAUUUGUGUAUAUAUUGAUAACAUAGAAGAUACUAGUUUCUACUCCAAAAGAUUAUAGUUUUUGAAUACAUCUAUAAUUAUACUUGUAUCAACAUGAAAAA